AUGGAGAUGGCUAAAUGCAUGAUGAUUGAGAAGAAGAUGCCUCUGGAAUUUUGGGCUGAGGCAGUCAACACUGAUGUGUAUGUUCAGAACAGAUGUCCAACUAAGGCUUUAGACAAGAAAACUCCAUUUGAAGCUUAUAGUGGUAGAAGGCCAGGAGUUAAGCACUUAAGAGUGUUUGGUUCCUUGUGCUAUGCACAUGUUCCAACUCAACAAAGGCAGAAGCUCGACUUAGCUAGUACAAGAUGUAUAUUUCUAGGGUAUGGCAGCUGUGAAAAAGGCUACAGAUUAUACAAUAUUGCAUCUGGAAAAAUGAUUAUUUCCAGGGAUGUAAUAUUAAAUGAGGCAGCUGUUUGGGAUUGGAAUGCACGAAAAGAAUGUGAUAUCUCAAUACCCCUUAAUGAGACACUUACUAAGAGAGAAGAGGAACCUAGUGAUUCUAGCUUGAGUCAAGAAGAGAUUUCAGAAGAGGAGCAUGCUGAUCCUGACUUACGAUCACAGGAUGUUGAUCACACACCUCUGAAAUACAAGAGUAUUGCAGAAGUGUAUGCAAUAUGUAACUUGUGUAUUAUCGAGCCUGAGACUUUUGAAGAGGCUGUUAAAGAUGAAGCAUGA